AUGGCUUCCUCUAUUUCCCCUGCAUCAACCGGAGCGAAAUUUGUUCCAGAAGAAGAUAAUUUCUUGCAGAGACAUGUCGCCUUCUUCGAUAGGAACCAAGAUGGUAUCGUUUAUCCCUCAGAGACAUUUCAAGGGUUUAGAGCUAUUGGAUGUGGAUAUCUCUUGUCGGGAUUUGCUUCUCUGUUCAUUAACAUGGGUUUAAGCAGCAAAACUCGUCCGGGAAAGGGUUUCUCGUUAUCUUUUCCGAUAGAGAUUAAGAAUAUCCAUCUUGCCAAACAUGGCAGCGAUUCAGGCGUUUACGAUAAGGAUGGAAGGUUUGUGGAAUCGAAGUUCGAGGAGAUAUUUGCCAAGCAUUCUAAGACACAUCCCGAUGCUUUGACCAACGAGGAACUCAAAGAACUUCUCAACUCAAACAAAGAAGCUAAUGAUCGUAAAGGAGCGAUUGCAUCAUUUACGGAGUGGAAGAUAUUGCAUUACUUAUGCAAAGACAAGAAUGGUUUGUUGCACAAAGAGACCGUGAGAGCUGUUUACGAUGGUUCUCUAUUUGAAAAACUCGAGAAAGAAAAAGCUGCUUCUAAGAAACAUCCAUAA